UCAACUAAAUCUACGAAAACACUAGAAAACACCAAUUAGUAAUAAAAGUGGCUCUAAAGAGCCAAAAACACAACUAAUUAUAACCAAGGAAUGGGGGUAAAAUACUAUAUAAAAUAGACACAUCAUGUAUAACAAUUGUUGUUUUUAAAUAGUGGUAUAACAAAUAUAAUUGGGUUAUAGUUGAAAUCUUCCAUCAAGCGCCAAACAACAUAAUUGGAUAAUCAGGCUAAAAGGAUCAACAUUUUUUUUUUUUCACACGAUUGAAAUCAUUUUAACACUCAUUUUUUCUAGCUAUAAUCACACAAAUUUCUUGACAAGUUUGGCUAAAAAAAACUAUAAAAAAGUAAACGCAUACUCCUCCAAAUUAAAGAAUUACAAAGAAACCCCGCUUUGACUAGUAUCAUCCUCCUUCAUUCAUUCCUUCUCUCUCCCUUACCCUAAUUUUCUCGCUAACUCCUAAUCCAUGACUUUGGAUUUCCAUAAAAUAAACUACACUCUAAUAAUGUUCUCUUAUAAAGGUUCAAAUUUUCUUCUAUUUUACUUUUAAAAUAUAAUAGUACUAAAGUUUGUUUUUUUUUUUUUUUUUUUUUUUUAAUUUUUUUUAUCGCCGUGUUUAUUAGCUUUCAUGGUAUUGCUAACAUUACAUUAUAAAGUCAAUUUAUGUUAACACCCCAUAUAUCCAUUUAUCAUUUGUCUUAAAGUUCUUCCUAUCUCUUCUUCCCUCAUUGUUUUCCCAAGCCAAUUACCUUCCACUACUUAUUACCCUCUUUAAUAAGAUUUUCUUAAGUCUCCCCCCUCCCCUUUAUAAUAUAUGUCUAUUCUUCCGUUGUCUUUCUCUUUUUCUCUCUCUUUCCCCCUACAUGCAUUCCCUCCAUGUUGUUUAAGUUUUCUUUCCGCCCUUUCUCAUAUUUCCUUAUAUAUUAAUCAUUAAAGUAAUGAAUCGGCAAACAUGAAAUCACCAAUGAUGCAAUUAAAAUAAAUGAAGGAAAUAUUUUCCAUGACACAUAUGUUUUUUUAUAUAUUGAAAAAAAAUAUAUUCAAAGUAAAAACAUUUACUAAAAUAACAAUUUUUUCCCCAUUAAAAAUCAAAGUUUAGCAUUUGUUAAAAUAUUAAAAAAAAAUAAAAAAAUAAAAAGUUAACUCAAAGGUCUGAAACCGCCUCUCCUCUUCCAAUUUUCCUCCUCUUUGCCCCCAUUUUUUCCCUUCUAAGUUCUAACGGUAAAUAAAAUACAAAUUAUAUUACAACAGCUGGAUAUAACAAUAUCCAGUUGCUCAUUUCAGUUUAAAUUUUGUUCUAAUUUUUAAAUUGAUAUCUCCUUCAGAAAGAAAAAAAAAAAAAUUCAUGGAAGAAAUUCAAUAUGAUCUGGAGCAACACUACAAUGGUUUCUUUAUACCAUUAAUGGCGGAACUUAGGAUCAAAAAGGCAUUGGACUGGAACCCAAUUUCGAAUUGGGAUAAACCGUGCGUACGACAACCUUCUUCUCUAUCUCAAUUGUGUUUGAAAAAUCUGACAAACUUUGCAGAUCAAGCAAUCGAAAGUUUUGACGAAGUUCCCGAUUUGACGCGUCGAUUAAUCUCUGAAGAAUUUUACUAUUUGAAGAAGAUGAAUCCAAGAAUUUUUAAACUUCUCUGUAAUGUUGCGGAUUCGAAAGAAAUAUGGUUGAAAGAUUGUUCUGGGUUUACCGAAGAAGAACUAAUUGAUGGACUUCAGUCAAUUAGAACAACAUAUUUAGAGGUGAGAAAGGUUUACAUUUUCAUUGUUUUUUUGGUUUUUCUAUUCUGGUUUUAAAUUGAUUUUUUUUUUUUUCAAGGUCUUGAAGCUAGACGGUUGUGGGUCAUCUUUUACUGAUAACGUAGUACGAAGUCUCUGCAAUAUUUCAUCUGAGAAUCUUACAACACUCUCAAUCAGAAAGGCUAGUUUAUCUGAUAUGGGAUUGCAGAACAUAAUCACUAAUUUCAAAAACAUAACAUCGUUAAAUGUUGGGGGGUGCUACAUAAGUGCUUUGAGUAUGAAUCACAUUUGCUCUGUAUUGGGCAAAAAUUUGCGCAAGUUGUAUCUUGAUGGUUGUAAAUUUGAGGAUAUUCAAGUUCUGGCUUCUUCAAAAAAAAAUUUUGAGUUUAGAUUUCCUUUCGAUUUCCUAUUUACAUGACCUUUCGGAUACAAUUCUGGAAUCUUUCUUGGCUGCCAAUGGAAGGAGUUUGAGUCGACUAAUUCUUAAUGACUGCAGUCAUAUUACAUAUAUUGGUGUCAAGAAGAUAGUUGAAUUCUGUGCUCAUCUAUCGGAGCUUCAUGUAUCGAUGACGCCUUUUACUAUGAGGAGUUUAUCAUAUAUUUCUAGACUAAAUCUGCGCAAGUUGGACUUCAGUGAUCAACAAAGUGUCAGUGAUGUAGCAAUCGCAGCAUUCAUGGACGCCUCAGGAGCAUCGCUAAUAUAUCUUAAUCUUAGACACACAACUACAAUUAGCUAUCAUACAGCUAAUGCCAUUGCCUUAAAGUGUCAGAAUUUAAGAAUUCUGGAUGUUUCGUUUUGUCUUGGACUUACUGACAAUGAGCUUGGGAAUAUUGCUGACAGAUGUAUGUUGCUUGAGGAGAUUCAUAUUAUGAAUUGUCAUAAGGUUACCCACAAGUUCAGAAACGGACACUCAAAUUCUUGCCUUAAGAUCAUUCACAAUGGAGGAACCAACAUUUUAACUCAUACACCAUCUGCUCUAAGGUUUUCACCGAGUAACUUGGCCACUACUCUGAGCGAGGACAAUUAAGGAUGAUGGAGAAAGGCUUACUUUCUAGUAGUGAUAUGUGAUAGUUAUGAUACUGAGUAGAAAAUGGCUUUGACUUUUAGCCUUCUUGUUAGGUAGAUUUUUGGCAAGUAUUUCUUACUUGAUUAAUGCUUUGGAGCAUUACAGCAUGCAAUUCUUUUUGUUUUAAUAACACUCUGGUUUAGACAUUUACAAUGUUCUAAUAUAGAUUUCGAUCGCUAAUUAGAGUAAUUACUGCUGAAUUUAUCUGUACAACUACUAUCAAUCUAUGUGUAUAUGUAUACAUGUAGAAUUUGUUAAAACAAUUUGUUGUGAAAAA